AAAAAGACAACUCCUUAUCAAUAAAUAAAGGAACACUAAAAGAACUUCUAUUUUUGUGUGGCAGGCAAUACACCAGGGCAGACAAGUUAUAAACUAAAAGACUGAUUGAUUACGAAAGCUUGGAAAUGGCAGGAGAGAAGGGGAGGAUAUGCGUGACAGGAGCUGGAGGUUUCUUGGGCUCUUGGCUCCUCAGGGUUCUUCUCUCUAAGAACUAUCUUGUCCAUGGAACCGUUAGAGACCCCGCGGACGAGAAGUACGCUCACUUGAAAACCAUUGACAAGGCAUCUGAGAAUCUGAAACUCUUUAAGGCAGAUUUACUGGAUUACAACUCUCUUUGUUCUGCUAUCAAGGGAUGUGAAGGAGUCUUUCAUGUUGCCAGUCCUGUUCCCUCCACUACAGUACCAAACCCUGAGGUAGAAUUGAUCGAACCUGCUGUAAAGGGCACAUUGAAUGUGCUCAGAGCAUGUGAUGAAGCUAAGGUUAAGCGAGUUGUUGUUGUGUCUUCUGUGGUUGCUGUGUGCAUGAACCCAAGCUUGCCAAAGGGUCAAGUGAUGGAUGAGAAUUGGUGGUCUGACAAGGAAUACUGCAGAGCAACCAAGAACUGGUAUUGUCUGUCCAAGACAGAAGCAGAGAGUGAGGCGUGGGAAUAUGCAAAAAGAAGUGGACUUGAUGUUGUAACAAUUUGUCCUUCCCUCAUCUUGGGGCCAAUUCUGCCUUCUGCAGUCAGUGCAAGUAGCAAGGUUCUUAUUAAACUCUUGAAAGAAGGGCACGAGUCAUUGGAAAACAAGCUCCGAAAUAUAGUAGAUGUUCGUGAUGUUGCUGAAGCACUGCUUUUGGUAUAUGAGAAGCCAGAGGCAGAAGGUAGAUAUAUAUGCACGGCUCAUGAAAUCAGAACAGAGGAUUUGGUGGAGAAAUUGAGAAAUAUAUAUCCUAACUAUAACUAUCCUAAAAGCUUCACUGAAGAAGAGCAAGGAAUGAAUCUGAGUUCAGAAAAGUUACAGAGGCUAGGGUGGAGCUACCGGCCACUGGAGGAAACUCUCAUUGAUUCGGUGGAAAGCUAUCAGAAAACUGGAAUCUUGGAUUAAACAAAAUGGGCAGUUCAUCUUAUUCCCUUUUUCUUUUUCUUUUUUUCCAGUUAAUAAAUGCGAUUUGCUAGCAUGUUAUGUCGA